UCCGGCGAAGAAUACGUGUCCCUUCAGUUUGGUUCCACCGCUGAGGAUCCCAUGCCCUGGUUGCCGGAGCUUGGCCAAGGUCGGUGCCCGCUUGACGACAACGACGAGGGACCGCCGUUGCUACCAUGGCAAACAGUGGCAGCCUGACGGCGACUCCUUCACCCGAAGACGCGCCCGACACUGACGACUCCACCACUCGCGACCCCAGAAUCUCAGCCUCCUCCUCUUGGGAAUGUCGCGCGGGCCUGCCUAGCGUCUUGCGUGUUGUCUCGGAGGAGAAAGUCGGAGCUGCUGAGGAGCUUUUGGGCCCUCCGCAGAACGGUGAGAAUGUUGUGGUUCUGGAAGGAUGUUUAAAUAAUGAAAACAUAGCUCCAUGUUUUCUCUACUUGCAUUGUGAUCCCCAUGGUUCUGAAGAAAUUAUGAGUCUUGGCAUUAUUAGCGAAGCACGGAACAUGGAAUUAUAUAUAGGAGAAGAAUAUUGUGGAACUGGUAGAGGAGAAAAAGUCCUUGCUAUCCAAAAUGGCAGAAAAAAUGACCAGGUUACAUUAUACAAAAAAUAUCUAAAAUUGGACUGCCCCACAACCUCUUGUAAAGUUAAGCUACUUUCCAUCAAAGAAAAAAACAGAGUGCUCAUCAGCAGAAUCUUAGUGCAAGUUUCUAUGAAACCCAUGCCAAACUUUUCUGCAUUAGGAUCAGGGAUUGACUUGGACAGAGUGCAAGCUAUAAUGGAGUCUAUGGGAUCAAAAUUGUCACCUGGUGCUCAGCAGCUCCUGGAUAUGGUUCACUUUCAACAAAAGAAUGGUCUCUCUGUUGGAAACAAGUUACAAAAUAUCUUUGGGAGAACAGGAUCUGUGUUUAGAAACAAUCAUGCUGUUGCUGGAUUGCAAAAGGCAUCUGAUCUUGGAAGACUAAACCACUUGCUGAAUGGUCCCUCUUCUCUUAAACCUGGUUCAACAGCUGGAAAAAUUCCAGGGGAUUUAAAAACCUACAUAGACAAACAAACACCUAGCACUGAUAAUGUUUUUCAGCCUCCAUUGGUUCUCACACCACAGCAUAAUACCAUACUUUCUCAAAAUGACUUUAAAGGCUUGGUGUCAUCAUUUUUACAAGAGCAAACAAAUGAAAACUCAAAUACACCGAGUUCUACAUUUCUGCUUCCAUUUCUUCAAACUGUAUGUGGUCAAGUAAAUCGCUUGCGAACAGAUGAAAAGAAUGAACACUAUGAGAACAAGUCUGCAUCUAUGUCUGAAGAUGACACAGCUCAAACUGUUCGAGUGGAACAACAGCCUAUUUGCCUCUACCUAGAAAAAAUAAUCUCCAGACAUAUGGAAAUGAUGGAGAAGAGAUUAACAGACUAUAUUGAUAUGCGUGUGCAGAAACUUCAAGAACACCUUGAUUCUAAAGUGGCUGCAAUAAUGGGUUUGAUUCAGAAUUCCAAAAAUGUUGCACAAGAUCAUGAUCCUACAAAAGAAGGAAACUCUAGUGGGAAUAUAUAGGCGGUCUUUGAAAGAUCUUAAUGUAAUUUCCAAUGUCAAGUAUUUAUUUUGCUAGCCUUUCAAAACUUCAUGGUUGUGAGCUUGCAAAUAUUUAAAGCCUCAGUGUUUGUACUUGUUUUUGCAUUUCCCCCCCAGUAUUGUAUGCUAAUGUUUGUAUACCUGUA